GAGUGGGGUGAAGCAGGGAGGGGAGGACGCAACCUUCCCCACCGUCCAGCCGAGUGCGCCCGCAGGCCGCAGCCAGGGAGGGAGCCCGCCGACCGCUGGCCGCCGCAACCUCCAAGAUAACAUCGCGGGCUCCAGAUGAUCCUAGCCAAGGGUCCGAGGAGGAAGCCAUGAAGGACAAUCCGCCGGCUUCCUCGCCUCAGCCGAUCAUUCGGCAGAGGAAAAAGCCGCACAUGCUACCUCCCCUUGAGAACAGACGGAACUCGGUGGACUGCCGCGCGGAGGUCGGCAGCCCCGUGCCCAAGUGGCGUCGUCCCAGCCUGGAGGAGCAGCUGAUCCUGGAGGAGACUCCACCCGAGGGUCGCCCCGCCAUCCGCCUGACGCGCUGCCCGGACCCCUCCUCGCCGCCGGGGGCGUCCGGGCCCCCGGCCAGCCUGGGCAUCUCCGGCCGCUACGCCCCGCUCGAGCCCAUCAAGCGUCGCGGCAGCAACACCACGUAGAGGUGCGGGGCGGGCCCCUUCCCCACGUGUUCGUCCCUCGCACAACUGGUCGUGUCUGUGUCGUGCCGGUGACGCUCGCUGCCACCUCUCCCCCUCUCCUGUCCCACAUCAGGGUGCCGUGCGACUGGGAGGUAGCGCGGACGCGACAGUUGCUCUUGUCCUCGGUAUCCUUCGAGUAACAAGAAGGGCAGUAAGAGCUUGCGUUUUAUUUUGUUACAGAAAAACAAAAAACAUUUCCUCUUCCUCCUACUCACCUUCUACUGCUACUUGCUUUGUUUAAAGAAUUUUGCAUUUAUGUAAUUUUUUUACUGUGGCAGACAGGUGACAGCUGAAGAUGUAACAUUGUGUUACAUACCACUAUUGCAUUAGUGUAAUGAUACUAUGCAGAUAAUGAAUUGCCAAACAUCUUGAUAGGUCAGGUUUAUGGUAAAAGUCUCCACACCCUUACCAAAACCUAUUGUUUGGAUGCAAGCAUUGUUCUUUGGCAGCAAGUAUGGACACUGUAAUCACGUUCUGUUUAGGCGGUCAUUGAAACACACGUAACAUUUGCUUUCCCUUCAUGAUGUGACAACUCAUAGCUGCCACUACUACUUUAAAUAAGUACCUAUUAAACUGAUCAGUAUUAGGUAUAUUAUUUUCAACAUACAAAUAUGUUCACAAACCCAGUGGGUCUUAGUUGUACAUGGUUGCAAUGCAGAAGUAAAUUUGCAUAGUAUUUAUCAAAAACAUUCCAAAUUUGCAGAAAUAUUAUAUUUUAACAUUGGUAAAGUUAAAAAGAAAUAUUUUCUCUAACCACCAGUAAAAUAUUCUCACUAAAAAUCGUGGGCAUGAAGUAAUUGCUGGAAAAGCCAUGGAAUCCUCAUCAAAAAAAAAAAAAAUAGGGAGGUAAUUUUGUAGUCCUGAACUACUGAUUUUAUUUUCAAACCAUUUAAAUCAUACUCAAUAUACAGAAUUUAUUUGCAUUGGAUGUACUUAUAAAUCACCAUCAUUUGGGACAGGAGGGGGUGAAUGCAUAUCCUAUACUCCGUAUCUGUGAUACCCAUAUUGGUAAUCUACUAUGUUCGUGACAAAUUGUACCAUUUGCAGAUGACAUUGCUGAGGCGUUGAGUUACAAAUUGGGCAUAUAAAAAACCAGUUGUCUAGGUACAUUAAUCUUUGUUAGUUCAUCCAUCUCCAUUUUCGAACUGAUUUUGCAUGACUUAAGAUCUGAACAUGGGCUCCAAAUAAAUCAAUCUACCAGAAAUUAUAAACAUGCAGAAACAAACAUGUAAACCUUAAAUACUAAAUUAUUUUGUCAUGUAAAUGAAUUAAAACAAUCUGUUGUGCACAGAUGUUAAAGACAUUUAUCAGGGAAAUGAUAACUGUGCUUGCUUUACACAAGUCACAUCAGGGGACAGCAAGGAGAUCAAAAUCCCUGCGGCCCAGGCACCAGGAAAGCUGGUUGAGUUUGGAAAUUAUUUUCGCUGCCUAAGUUUACUCUGAUAGUAGAACUAUAAUUACAAAUCUAUUGUGACAGAUGCAGAUGGAAUGCACAAUUUUAAAAUUUCAUUUAGAAAAUGCUUCUAUUUCAUGGCUUCACUGAACAAUAAUUCAUUGUGUCAUUUGAUUCUGGCAAGCAUAAUUUUUCCAUCACGUGUUAAUAUAAAAAUAACACUAACUGCUAAAAAAAAACCUUCUUUUACAGACUUUAAAUGCUUUGCAUUGCAAGUGAAGGUUUUUUUUAAAUUUAAACAUGAAAAAUUGCAAGAGAGUAUGUAAUACUUAGAAUGCCACAGUAAAAUUAAUUUUUGUUGUGUAGCAAUGUCUUUCUCAUUAUACGUAAUAAGUAUCCAAACAAAUUUUCAAAAUAUUGAUGUAUAAACUUUGCCACCAUCAUGGCAAAACUGUUAAGUCACGUUUAUGUGUCUAUCUGUGUCUUAAAUUAAGUACCUAAACUUAUGAACAUGAUGUGCAAUUUUGAGGAAAAUAACUUUUACUUAUUUAUUGCUGAAAGAUUACUUAGUUAAGCUUGUUGAUGCAAAAAUUUAAGUAAUGGUUUCGUGAAGAUAAUAUAUAUCAACAAAUAACAGGGGCUUUUGAAUGAGGUAGAUAUUUAUAUAACAGCAUUAACUGCACAAUGUACAAGCUUUUAUAGUAAUUAACUAAGCAUCAUUUGUGCCAUACACAUAAAGAUUAUUAAGAUGGCAGUGCUGCACAUGACAGAUAUGCUCAUGUAUUCAUUGUAAAACUUUAGAUUUAGAAUAAAUGAUAAAUUAUGUUAUCAUAGAAUCAGAUUCCUCAAAAAUAAUCUGAGAAAUGUCGGCUAUUUAAUGAAAAUUGAAUUGUUGAGAGUCUUAUAUUUUGUGAAGAAUUUUUUAAUAAGAAUGUUGAAGAAGAAAUUGAAGGAUUUAUUCAUGCAUGUACGCUAAGUACACUAGCACUGAAUAUUUUUAGGUAAUAUUUUAUACCUUGUUUGGGCAGGCAAAGUUGAGAUAGAUAAGUUUUAAUAAGUGCAAAAUGUUUUACCUGCCACUAUAACAUUGUAUUUUAAUUGUAUUUUGCAAUUUGUUAUUGUAUUUAAAAACAUAUAAAUAAAACAUAUCACUAAGACAA